CGCGCUGCGGGCUCGGCAGGUCUGCAGAGGCGAGCGGGCAGCAACAAGCCGCCUUCGGCCGCCCGCCCGCGGCCCCGCCAUGGGAGCCGGGCGCGGGGCGACGCUCGCCCGCCCGAGCCGCCGCCGGGGCUGAGCGCGGCGCCAGCGCAGGGACUGUGGCUUUACGAAGCGCUUCCCUCCGAUGUGAAUGCAGUGUCCCCUGUGGGAUGCAGUAGGUGAUGCCCAGCUCGACUGCAAUGGCAAUUGGAGCUUUCUCUAGUUCUCUUCUCGUAACCUGCUGCCUCAUGGUUGCCCUCUGUAGCUCCACCGUUCCCGUACAAAAACUGGCCAAGGCUCAAGACAAACAGGAGAUAAAGGCGAGCCAGGAAAAGAGAGAUCACACGUCUACAAGGGACAGCCAGACAGGUCCAGGGAAAAUGAAUGAGAUCGGCAGGAGCGGGAGGGAGGAGGGUAGCAGGGACUGGAAGAGCAAAGGAAACAGGAACUACUCGAACAAGGAGUCUUGGACUAAGCAAAAGCAGGCUUGGAACAGCCAGGGGACAAGCAGUAAAUCUGGGAGCAUUCAAGUGCAAGAGCAAAGGGAUGCUGCUCCCGAGGAACCUCAGGUGGCUGAAGAUUCAUCUCUCCCAGCAUCUGUUGCGAGCGUCACUCCCGAGCCUCCGGAGGAGUACGCCUAUCCGGACUACCGUGGGAAAGGCUGCGUGGACGAGAGCGGCUUCGUCUAUGCCAUCGGGGAGAAGUUUGCGCCGGGCCCUUCUGCCUGCCCCUGCCUCUGCACUGAGGAGGGCCCGCUAUGUAUCCAGCCCGAGUGCCCCAGGCUCCACCCUCGCUGCAUCCAUGUGGACACCACGCAGUGCUGCCCACAGUGCAAGGAGAGGAAGAACUACUGCGAGUUCCGAGGGAAAACCUACCAGACCCUAGAGGAGUUCAUGGUCUCUCCGUGCGAGAGGUGUCGCUGUGAGGCCAACGGCGAAGUGCUGUGCACGGUCUCAGCCUGUCCCCAGACCGAGUGCGUGGAUCCCGUCUAUGAGCCUGACCAGUGCUGCCCCAUCUGCAAAAAUGGCCCGAACUGCUUUGCAGAAACCCUUGUGAUUCCAGCAGGCCGGGAGGUGAAAACAGAUGAAUGCACUAUAUGUCACUGUACCUACGAAGAAGGCACUUGGAGGAUUGAACGGCAAGCAAUGUGCACUAGACAUGAAUGCAAGCAAAUAUAGGAAAUCUACAAAUCUACAGACUUUUUGUGGUUUUUAUAAAAUAUCCCACAGCAGUGAGCACCCAAGAUGACCCAGGGAAAUCCGAAUGAGAAGAUUCUGGUGAGGAGCAAGGAAUAAAAUACUGAUAUUUUGUUUUUCAAAGUAACAUAAUACUGCAAGGCAAAGAAGUGCAUAUAUUUAAAAUAUUUGGACAUAAGAAUACCUGUCUUAAAUGUGUUAUUUUCACAGUGAGUACACUUAAAUACACUAUAAAAUAUUCUAUGUAUUUCUAUAAUACCAUUAUAGAGCUUAAAAAUAAAUGUUUUAUAUAGACAAUACAGAUUGAAGUACUGUA